UAAUAUAAAAAAAGUAAGUGAACAUGGAUUCUGGAAAAAAGAUGAAAUUUUAGUGAAAAUCUUUAACGGAAAAAAUGUUUUACGAAAAUUGCAGUUGAUGGUGUAAACCUGUUCUACGAAACUGUAACAGUGGCAAAUGAGAAGGCAAAUCGGUGUGAAGGAUUUCAACCGUAGAAAAAAGAGUGAUAUGUUAAUUAUGUAAAUAAGUCACGUUAGAUAAUUACAUUUCUGAAUAAUUUGCAAACAAACAUUACAAGAAAACGUCUGUGGACAAAUCAACUUGAUAACAGAGUCGUCUACCACUGAACAAAACUGCAGUGGAAUUUUUCCUCUCAGGUUUAAGUUACAAACUUGAACUCAACCUGGUGUCAACUCCAGCAAUCUUCCCAGGCGCCUCUUAACGAUAAUUACGGUAAUAUCGGGCUCGACCCCGCGCGGUCAACCCUAUCUCCGGUGGUCGUGAAAAACGUGAAAUUGUCCAACACAUUCUAUAGCAGCAGCCCACUGAGUCACCUGUGCUGGCUGUAUAACCAGUCCGAGCGAAGAAGUUGGAUUAACCGCCAGCCGAGCCAGUUAGUCAGAUCUUUCUAGAGAUAGACGCAAAGCCACCCCCGGCAGCAGCAGCAGUUAAAGAGUCAGUUACAGUUCCAAGAUCGAUAGAGUGCAGUGAGAGUGUGCAAUUAGAAGGCGAUUGGCAUCAGAAUCGGCAGAAUAGCAGUUGGUCGGAGGAGUUUUUCCGCGCGUAGAUCUCCACACAAUGGAACCGAUCUGCCGUCUCUGCAUGGAAGCCAGCCGUCUCAACCAGUCCAUGACGGACGAAACCAUCCUCACGAUGGUGGAAGAUUGCGUCCAGAUAAAGGUGAACCCUGAAAAAGAUCUACUUCCGGUGGAGAUUUGCGACGAUUGCUACUACAAAAUCAAAGACUUUUCCGAGUUUAAGGAAAACUGCCACUCCAUCCAGGAGAUGCUGCGCAAAGAAAUCGAACAGAGCCGGCACCAACAAGCGGAAGUUGAAGUGCUGGACCUGCUGGUGGACACCAUUACGAGCACUUCGCAGGAGGAAAUAAUCCAGGAGGCCCUGCUGCUGAGCGAUAUCAACUUUGACGACCUGCUGGAUGACGUCGGGGAUGGGAAUAAUAACCUGGACAUUCCGCUGUUUGAGGGUACCGUCGUCGAAGAGCAACAACCUGUGGAAUGUCCGGAGGUGGCAUACGAAGUAAUAGCCGAAACGAUUGCGCCGCAGCAGCAACAAAAAAAGAAGGAAGAGGAAGUGGAGGAACCGGUGAAGAAGAAGCCCAAGCGAUGCUACCGGAACGAGUACAUUGCGGCGCUGGUGGAGUGCGAAACAUGCGGCAAGGCUGUCCACAAAACGCUGAUCCCGGGUCACAUGAAUAUGCACAAAGGUAUCAAACCGUUCAAGUGCCCGCGGGAGGGCUGCCGGGCGGAGUUUCACUGCAAGCACAAAUUGAAGCGACACAUCGGCUACAAGCACGGCGAUGGCAGCAGCUUUCUGUGCGAUCAGUGCGACAAGGUGCUCGUGUCCAGCCUGGCCCUCUAUCAGCACAAGUUUACCGCGCAUCACCAGCGAGAACACAAAUGCAGCGAGUGUGACAGACGGUUUGGCACGGCUCACGGCCUCGAGCGCCACAUGCAGACCCACUCGCCCAACAGCCAAAAGUUCCGCUGUCCCCAGUGUCCGCAGACGUUCGCCCGGAAAACGGCCCUAGAGAUCCACGUGCGGAACCACGAGAAAAAUCGUCCGUACGUGUGCCUGGAGUGUAGCUGCGGAUACAGCCAUCGGACGCUGCUCACCAAACACAUUCAGAUGAAACACCCGCAAUACUCGGCCCAGGUGGUCCUGCAACGGAUCGACACCAACGAACUGCCCAGUUUGGCGGACGUUUGCUGACGAGAUGAUUUGUAAAAUAUAUUUUUAUGAGUUAUUUUUUAA